UGGUCAUCAUGACGUCACAUAAUUGUCAACUGUCAACAUGGCGGAAAAGCGUAAAGGCAAGAAACGAAAAGACGAUUUUGGACCUCAUGGAGACGAAAACGACCCAAAACCGUCUAAAGACGAAUAUAAAGUCGCUAAAUGGCUUCGAAAAAACGUUCCCAUAAAGAAAACGAAAUUUUUAAAUCACAAUGUCGAAUAUUUUACAGGAUACAGAGCUAUCGAUGGGCUUUUAGAGUCGAAAUUCGCGCAAGGAACCGAUGCUUUAUUCGAAACUAGGAACGAUGUUGUUAAUUUUCUUCAAUUAUUGUUGGAACAUAGAUUUUAUCAUCGCGCUAGAAAAGUGCCGGUUUCGGAACAAGAAUUAAAGUCUAAAAAGAAAGAUAAAAAAGUUGAGAGUGGGGAUGAGAAGAAAAAGGAAAAGGGCGAAAAAGGAACGGAUGCUGAAAGUAGUGUGGUUGAGGGAAACGCGGAAAUUACGGAGAAAUCAAAACGUAAACGUAAAGUGCGUUUAGAAAUGCAUAACGAUCAAAGAUUCGUUGAUGGAUUGGACGCUUAUGUUUGGAUUUAUGAACCAAUUCCUUUUUAUUAUUGGAUAUGUGGUACAUUGUUAGUUUUGGGGGCAAUCGGAAUUUGUUUGUUCCCGUUAUGGCCUCCAUCAGUUCGAUUGGGGGUUUAUUAUUUAAGCAUAGCCGCGGCGGGUUUUUUGGUUUUUAUUAUACUCUUAGUUGUUCUACGAUUAAUAAUUUUUUGCCUCGUUUGGAUAUUCACUAUUGGAAAACAUCACAUAUGGAUUCUUCCAAAUUUAACCGAAGACGUGGGAUUCUUCGCUUCGUUUUGGCCCCUUUAUCACUAUGAAUAUAAAGGAAAAAAUGAAAUUAAAAAAUCAAAAAAAAAGAAGAAAGAUAAAGAAUCUGAUGGAGAAGAUGAAAUCGAUCGGAAAGAUAAUGAAGAAGACAUUAAAAGUGAUGAGAAUUUGUUGAGACAACGAAAAGUUAAUAAAUCAAAUGGAGAUGAUGAAAAUCAACCUGAUAAUGGGGGGAGUCAAGUUGAGGUUAUAACCGGGGGAGGUUCUGAGAGCGAAAGUGAAUCGAGUCAACGAUCGAGCACAGGUAAGGAUUUUGAAAUGGUUGAUCAAGAGGAUUUGGAUGAAUCAUAAAAGAUGAAGGGAAACGAAAUCUUUUGGUAUCGCACAUAAAACAUCAAAAUAAUAAUUAAAGAUAAUUCGAAUCAUUGUAUUUUUUUUGUGGUUUAUUAUUUGUUGAUGGUAUUUAGGAAAAUUUACAAAGCAUAGAUAAUGUUAAUAGGUGCAGUUUAUUAUUUUUAUCACAAAUUUAAAGAAAAAUCGGUAAAUUUUCUUUAAAUCUAGUUACUUUUAUUUUACCCCAUAUCACUUUGACAGAUUAAACACGAAUUUUGGGUUAUGUUUUUGACGUUUACAUCAAAUUAUGUUUUUAUAUACUAAUUUAUAGAAAAAAUUACCGUUAUUUCUAUUUAAAAAGAUGGGAGUGAAGUCUCAAUAAACAGAGAUCGGUGUAAAUAACUUGUUAACGUUUUAUCCAUAAAAUAUAAUUAAUUAAUGAAUAGUUGUUGGUGAUAAUGAAUAUUUAGACUUACCUUAUUUUUCUUUAGGAAAAAUGUUUAGUUGUUUAGAAAUGAAGGGAUUUAUACGAUUUAUAUAAAAGAAACUUUUCGUUUUUACUCCUACUUCUAUAAUCUCAUUUUUUUGGGUCUUUACGGACUUUUAUUAUGAAAGAGUAAUUCUUUAAAGCGAUACAUAUAUUUUUUUAAUUUGUUGGAAGUUAUUUAACUGGAAAUUCGUCCAAAUCGUGUUCGAUUUAUCAAAAUUCCUUAAAAAGGAUCUUUUUAAAUUAAUGACAUGUCAAAUUUUUAAAACGUCAAAUAUUACCAACUUAAUAUUUCGACAAAAAAUAUGUAAAAUAAUGUUAUUAGUUAUUAUUAAUAUAAAUAUGAAUCGAACACGGUUUUUGGGAAAUAGGAAAUGUAUAGAAAACGCAUUUAUAAAUGUAUUUAAAAGAAAUGCUAUAAAUAAAUGAGAUAACUCAAUAAAAA